AUGUCGCUUCGCUCGUUCGCGAUGUUCGUGCUGGCGGCGUCUCUCUGCGUCGUCCCCUGCACGCGUGCCAAAGUGUUCGCACGAUGCGAGCUCGCGAAGGCCCUGCGCGACAUGGGAGUGGAGACAGCCAGCCUGGGCGACUGGGUGUGUUUGGCUGAGGCCGAGAGCAGCCGGAACACGAAAAAAACACACGUCAACUCCAACGACUCCACCGACUACGGCAUCUUCCAGAUCAACAGCAACUGGUGGUGCGACAACGGCACCAAUGGGCACAACGCGUGCCAAGUCAAGUGCUCCGAGCUCCUUGGAGACAACAUCACGAAGUCCGUCGCCUGCGCCAAGUUGAUUCUCAAGCAGCAGGGACUGAAUGCCUGCAUCGGCAGCUUCGCCAGCAUCAUCCACAUCGGCAUCAUCCUCAUCGUCAUCAGCGGAAUCAUAAUCAUCAGCGUCGUCAUCAUCGGCGUUAUCAGCCAAAUCAUUGUCGGCAUAAUUAUCAGCGUCAUCAUCUGCAUGAUCAUCAGAAGCGUCAAGGUGGCACGGUGGUUCAUGUGCUACCUUAAGACCACAAACGAGUUAAGUUAA